AUGGAUACCAAUCCUCAGUUGUUGCGAAGGACCCACUCGCCCUUCGUCGCCGCUGCUGCCGCUACUGCCGCACCAUCUACCGUGGCAGUCGAAACACACGACCAUCCUCAUCCUCAUCCUCAUCCUCAUCAGCACCAGCAUCAGCAUCAGCAUAGCCAUGGACCCAGCCAGCCUCACCUGAGUCCACUAGUAGGUGCCGGUUUGAGACCAAUAGGCAUGAACUCCCCUUCUCUUGGUCUUGACAGUAAUAUCAGUGGCGGCAACAGUCUACUCCAGAUCAAAAAGCCCUUGAACGAAGCGCAUAGCACUGGUAUCUCGACAUCCUCCUCCUCGUCUUCUAUGACCUCGACCACGAAAAUGAUAGCGACCACAAACGGAAAUAUACCCUCUAUCUCAUCUGCCGAUCACAGCCAUAGUCAUGGCUUAUUUAAUCAGUCUCAGCAACACCAGCUCCACAGCCAUGAGUAUGACCAUAGUCCAAGGAUCAGCCAGGUCAACGGGUUUCAUGGAGGAGCGGCGGAGCACAAGCACGAGGAUCCUCAGCAUACGCACAGCUCGCAUCAGCAUCAGCACCAUACACACCAUCACGAGUCGCAACAGUUCUACCAGCCGCAGUCCUUCCAGCAGGAUCACCAUGACCAGGGUCAUAACCACGGCCACAGCCAUGACCAUGGCCAUGACCACGGACACGGGCAUGGACACGUACACAGCCAUGGCCACCACGGACACGACCACCAAGGACACGACCACCAAGGACACGACCACCAAGGACACGACCAUCACGGACACAACCAUCACGGACACAACCAUCAUGAGCAUGAUCAUGGACACCACCAUCACCAUCACCACCCUGUCAGUUUUCAGUCCCAGUUGCCAUCCUACGGAGAGAUCUUUACCAACCUCAUGCCUAGGCAAAAGACCAUGUUCACCUGGAUUAUGAUCCAUUCAACCAUUGCCGUCAUGACUUGGCUGUCAGGAAUGCGUGCAGGAUCAUUAUCAAUUAUCGGGUUGGCGUAUAUGAUGCUGUUCGAUGCCUUUGGGGUCUUUAACAUCUUUCUGUCAAGUGUUGUUCAUACCGACACCAAGCUGAAAAGGGCCACCGUAAAGCAUCCUUUUGGAGUCCAACGGUUUGAGAUUCUGUUUGGACUGUUCAAUGGCAUUUUCUUGCUAUUUAUCGGCAUGAACAUGUUGAAGGAAAGUCUGGAGCACUUGAUGCUCGAGGAUGACCAUCACGGCGGCAACGACCAUGGGCCUGUUGUCCGUGUACCACUCUUUUGGACUGUGAUCGCUCUCGGCGCAACGUUGGUCUCGUCUCUGGGAUAUCAAAACCAUAACCAGUUUUGUCUCUUGCUGAACACUAGCUCCUUAUCGUCGACACAGGCUGCGUUUGCUCGAUCCAAUAGCUCAAAACUGAGUUCACUGGCUCGCAACCAAUUUACACUCACCAGCUUGGCAUGUGUUGUGGGUGUGAUCCUCGUGGCGAUGUUCCCACGAAUCGAUGCAUUGGACAAAGUUGUCGCCAUUGGCCAAUCCCUGGUCAUGUUUUCGCUCGGCGGACCUCUCACUAAAGUUUUGGGCAUGAUUUUGCUGCAGACCACGCCUCCCAAGGCCCUCGAGGGCGUGGAGGAAGUGGUCCGCCAGCUUUCAGCGGCCAACCCUGCGAUUGUGAGGCUGGAGCGUGCUCAUGUUUGGACUAACACUUAUGGACAGCUGAUCGGGACAGCGGUUGUGAGUGUCGACAAGGGUGCAGAUGAGCAGGGUAUCUUGGCAAGCAUUCACCAGCGGCUGCAGGGAUUCUUAGAUUUGGAUGCGCAGUCUGAAGGAACAGGAGAGCUGACCGUGCAGCUGGUUCAGAGCCAUUAA